AGCUAGAACACUUCUCCUUCCUUACUGCCAGCUGAACUGCACCACUGGAGGCGCAUUCGACUAGUCGCUUCAUUGAAUACGUGAAUAUACAUACCUCACCCCCGUUAUCUUACCCCGACAGAGCGAGAGCGAGAAACGGCUUUAAGGAGAGAAACGAAAAACCGCUGUUAAUUUUUCUUCUGCCUGACAGAUCCCUGACGCGUCUUCCUUUAUUUCUAAUACAUAUAUAUAUUUAUUCGUGCAAUAGGAAAGCGAGAAGAUGUUAGGCUCAGGCAAGUCGAGCGGUGUGGUGAACGAGGCCAGCAACCUCAAGGCCAACGAGAACCUCACCUCCACCAUCGAACAGAUGAACACGAAGGCAUACCGCCAAAGCCGCGACAUGAACGACGUCAUCCCGACCCACCGACGCGCCGUAGCAGAGGCGCCGCGCGACAACGGCGUCCCUGUGUACGACCCUUCUACCGAGAAAGCAAUGGAGCAGGUGGAGCGCGGCAACGCGGCGGAGUUGGCGGACGACGACGAGGACGAUGAGCUAAUGGCACUGCGUCGGAUGCGCAUGCAGCACCUGAAGGCGACACAGGAAAAAAACGCGGAGUACCGCAGUAAGCAGCACGGCGAGUACCGCGAGAUCGCACAAGACGACUUCUUCAACGUCGUGGUGCGGGAGAAGGGCGGCAGCGAUCGGGUGUGCGUCCACUUCUACCACAAAGACUUCGAGACGUGCAAAGUGAUGGACAGACGCCUUUCUGAGUUGUCGCAGUCGAUGCUGGCGGUUCGGUUUGUCAAGAUCGACGCGGAGCGCUCGCCUUUCUUGGUGGAGCGUCUGCACGUGUCGACGCUGCCGUGCUGUCUGCUCUUCUUGAACGACGUCUGCGUCGAUCGCAUUCUCGGCUUCGACGGGUGCACGUCGGAGGAUGGCACGUUAGAUGCGGAUCUGCUGCGGGAGCGAAUCGCACGCACCCUGCAGAUGGAAACGGAACACUAG